GGCCCGGCGGGGCGGAGUCAACCCGGUCAGGAUUCCUGGAAAGCGGAUAGGGAGAAGCUGCCGCGCGAUUCCUGGGAGCGAGCGCACAGUUCAGCGAAGGCACGAGCCGGCGGCUGGAAACAAAACCCGGUGGAUCGGAGGAGGAGGAGAUGAGACUGAAACACACCGGGAGGAGAGGAGAGAUAGAGAGCGCGAGAGAGCGAGACGGUGCGGGAUGUGGAGUUGGUGCGGCCGGUGUGACGUCAGAGCCGCCGGUGCUGUUCUCAGAAUAGACUUCUAGGAAACGGUAAUUUUUAAAAGCCAAGCCUUUACACUGUGUCCUUCACACACAGGGAGCCACUCUGGUGACAACACACUCCACAACCUACACGCUGCUUUACGGACAUUUACACCUUCUAUAUUUAGUGUUUUCAUCUUUUAACUUUAUAUAUAUACUUUAUAUUUAUAUAUAAAGUACAGGACCAGAGCCCUACCGGGUACACGGAGUCUUUUAUACUCCUAUUCACAGCUUAUAACGACGUUCACGCUCAUUUUUCUUCAACUAAAGGCUGUUUUUUAUUUUUUUUAUUUCUUAAACAGUCUCUUUAUGUUUUCGUUAUUUCCUGGAGAAGAAACACUGAGUGGAUCUUAACACAGAGGAUUCAACAAAUAGCAUGAUUCUUUGUGUACCAGGUCCGAGAGCUCCUCUGCCCGCCUCUCCGUCCACUGAAUCCCCUCGGGGCAUGCGGGCAGGAACUGCACAUCCUACCCCUUGCCUUCAAAGCACCCCUCCGCUAUGGGACCCCACAAAGGACCUGCGGGCGAUUGCCAGCAAUUUCUGCUAUCUAGAAAAUUCAGGAUGGUACUGGGGAGCUGUGACGGCAGCUCAGGCCCACGCUGCACUUCAAGAGGCAUCUGAAGGAGCCUUUUUGGUACGGGACAGCAGCCACCCUCUGUACAUGCUGACCCUCUCGGUCAGGACUGCACGCGGCCCCACCAGUAUACGCAUCCAGUACAGCGGUGCCCAGUUCUUGCUGGACUCCAGCUCGCCGGCCCGGCCCAGCCUGUCGUCCUUCCCCAACGUGCCAAGCCUGGUGCAGCACUACAUGGGACCAGAGAGGAAAGCGGAGGAGGGGAAGGUGGUGGAGGAGGCUCCGUCGAAACCCUCUCAGCAGAUAAUUCAGGACACAUCUGUGGUAUUGAAACUGAAGCGGGCCGUGUUCAAGCCCCAGGGCCUCCCCUCCUUGCAGCACCUCACACGGCUCGUCAUCAACAGACAUUCUGACUGCCCCGACCAGCUACCACUCCCGAGGCCUCUGCUGCGCUACAUACAGGACUAUCCCUUCAAGGUAUGAGGGGGUCCCUCAAGUCCAUUAAUAUGACUUACAGGGGAAAAAAACUGUCCAACAGGUCCCUUAGUGCCUGUAAAUGACAUCGCUGCUCCAGCAGCUGGAGGCCAGUCACGAAAAAAUACUGGACACAGGGUCACGUUUGUGCUGGCGAAAAUGUGUACAAAUUCAGUUGACGUGCCUGGUUUUCAGACUCAAUUUGUCGAGGACUGGGUGAUGAAGUACCCCAGAAAAAAAAAAAGACAACUCGUGAGCAAACCUCAGUACUGUAAUCACUUAUUUCAUGAUGGAUGUGGCUGUUUUACCCUCAUCAGUUCUGGAUGUACAUACUGUUCCUAAGAAGUACACUGAUUCCAUUGAGACAUCUUUUACGCCGUUUUAUUUUUCUCAGUUUUUCUACCUUUUACAUGUGUUCAUUUUUUCUAUUAAAACAACCAAUUGGAGUCUAA